AACACAAAUUCAAUACAAUAAAUUCACGAUAGAAACAUAAACAAAGACCAAAAUAAAAAUGCAAAUAAUGGGGAAAAAAUAAAAUAAUUUUGAUGUCUGCAACGAAAUCGCGGUGUGUGCGUGUCUUUAAUGUUGUUUGAAACUUAAGAAAACAACAAUAAUUCUAUUUCAAUUGUGAAUUGACGUUCAGAAUUUUGUGUGCACCUCUUCGUCGAUUGGACAUGUUAAAAAUUAAGCAACUUGUGGCCGAGAAUACAGCAUCGCACAAAAUGACAAAGGAAUUAUCUGGUGUAACGAUCAUUUUGAUCAUUGGUGGUGGUGUCCUAGCAUUUGCGAUUGUAUUCAUUUUGGCCAAACGGCAAAUUAUGAGAUUUGCAAUUCGUAAUAGACGCGGACCGCAUGUGCCAGUCGGUCACGAUGCAACCAAAUCGAUAAAAAAGGAAAUCGAACGUCGUUUGGAUUGUAUUCAACGUAUUGCGUACGAACCACAAUUACUACCGGACGAUGAUUCAUCUUACAUUUUACAACCAGACUCAUCGCUGCCGCCAUACUAUUAUCGAUUGAAAGCUGUGGAUGAUAUUAAAAUAUUGGAAAAUGAGAUUUCAAAGCAAGACGGCAGCGUACGAUUGCCGCGAGAUAGUUUGAGAGCAUUUUUAAUAACAACAUUGGCCGCACCCAUGGCCGGAUCCAGCCAACGUUUGAUUCACCAAUUUUGUGAUAUGUAUGAACACGCUCGGCACGACCCGAGCGAAUUUAGCAAUGAAGAAUAUGAAGCCUAUCGUCGAUUAUUGAUGAAAUUAUUAGAUGCCGCAAAAUCACUGAAGACUUUUUCGAAUAGCAGAAAAUCGUCCCCAAGUCGUACACCAGUCAAAAAACAAACAAAAGUACAAUCAUUAUUAGAUCCAUCGCGUCUGAAGCCUCCACCAGCAACAGUGGGCAGCGGAAACAUGCUGAGUGCCAAUUCACGAAUCAACUAUGGCCUUGGCAUUCAGCAUGAUUCACUCACCACAACAGGCAAACAAUCCAACGAUGAAGAACAAUCGCCGCCGCAUAAUAUUACACUACAUUUAGACGCAAACGAAAUUAUCACUGUAUCUCCUGAUUCCAGUGUCAUUUGAUAAAUAUAAAUUAGAAAUUCUAGAUAACUAUGUAUCGAACGAACUAAUUAUUAUUACCAUAACCUCUCGGAUGUAUUUCGAUGUGCACUAUUUUUUUUGCUUUCAAUAAACUUAUACAAUACUUACUGUCCGAUAUUACAAGGAACAGUGUCCACGUGUAAACUAAAAAUUCCAAAUAAAUCCUAAAACAUAAAUUGAAAA